AGGCUUCAUAAAGACUGUCUGAAGCAGAAGAUCUUUAGAUUGCAAGAAUUCCUUCCGUGUACUCAGUGACUCCUACAUUUGCAUGGACCCAAUCAGGUUCAAGUGAAUCCCACAGGAGCGUCCUGGAUCCGUAUAUUAACCGUUUCAACCAUCACCAGACGGCCACAGGACUCUCUGCACUUCAAAGACCUGCAGCUGCAACCAGACUGAGAGGAAAUACCUUCUGUGAGAGCAACCUGAAGAACGUCAACAUCUAAAACAUCUUCAACAACGGAAAUGGCUGGCGCAAUUGCACGAACCACUCAAGAUCUGACCAGUGCAGCCGACAUGCGGAACACCACCCAGAUGCUGAUGCAGCCCAAUGCAAACUGGGAGGAGUAUCUGGCUCCUGGUCCUAUCUCUGUUGCAAUCAUGGGGGAGCUAGUCUUCAUCUCCUCAAACACCGACUUCUCCAUCAACAAGAAUCCCCCAAAAGACGGAUUCAAGUACAUAAAGUACCCAGAAUCCUUCAGAGCCUGUCUUAUGCAAGUCUGUAACUUAGGCUGGCAUGCAUUCAACACAGCUCACAAGAACAUGGAUCAAAUCCGCAUACAUACAGCCAAUGUUCCAGGUUUCAUGAAGUCAGCAGUCAAGAUUCUGUUUCAGAAUAACGAUGAAAUUGUUAAAAGUCUUCUCCCAAACAUGCUGGAAAGCAUCAGUAGAAUUGCAGACCAAUGUGUGGUCUUGGCAGACGGUGCUGAAAAGCAGUAUGCUGAUGUCAUUUGUUUGAUCCAGGAGCUGCUGGAAGCCUGUAUCAAUGCUGAAUACUUUUAUGGAGAAAAGCUGGAAGAGAUCAAGAUGAAAAUUCAGGAGAACAAAUUGAAGGAACAGACUGCUAAAGAGAUCACGGAAAGAUCCAAGAAAACCUUUGAGACCUUGUCAAAGGAGAUGGAAGAAGCUCAAAACCAGUACAAAAAUGCAAUGAAUUCCCUCCCAUCAGGGUGGGAGAUAAUAGGCAUGGAUGUAGUUGAGGGACUUGGUCAGAUAGUAACAGUUUUAGGGAAUGCAUGUGUUUCGAUGAGUUCUUCAAACACUGAAAGUUCUGGGAAGACAGCCUCAAAAACAAAUCCCAACAAGGAGGGUGAGAACAAAGACAUGGUCUCAGAAAUCGCCAUCUACAGCAGAUCCGAACAGAUACUUAAACUCACAUCCAUUUUUGGAGAGUUCAUCAAUGACAAAGGCAUAAACUGGAAAGAGCUCUAUGACCAGAAAAACAAGUCUACAAAGACCAAAUGGAGUGAAGAUCAAUUCAAGAGAAUCUCUCAGGAGUUGGAGAAGAUGCCAAAGAGCAAGGUAAAGGAAGAUGCUUUGACUCUCUGCAACAAGGGCAUUGCCAUCUGUGGAGAACUGGCAAAGUAUGCACCCGAACAGAAAUGCGAUGAGAAGAAAACAAAUGAAAUAAUUAAGGAUACAAAGAAGCUGCAUGAAGACGCCAUGAAAUUUGACUGUGAAAGCAAAAAAAAGAGUGGUUCUCCAGCUCUGACCCCACAAUCUCCGAUGAAAUUCAGAGAGGAGGAGAAGACCGGACGAAAGUCUGCCAGUCAGGUUGCAACAGAGAAUGCCCGAUUCCGCAUUGAGCAGAGCCGAGAACAACUGAAGCAAACGCGAGACUCGUAUGAGAAGGCUGUGCAGAACAUGGAGAAAAACCAGAAGGAGCUGACUGACAUCCUGGUUGACAUGCAGAAAUGCAAAAUCAAAGAGAUUGACUUUGACACCACCAUUAAAAUGCUGGUCAAAGGUAUGGAUGCAAUGGGCCGAGUGAAAGAGCAAUGGGAGAAGAUGGUGCGCUUCUUCCAGAUGGUGGCUAACAUUGUGAAAACCAGCCUUGGAACCACCCUGGAAACAUUUGUGAAGACAUCUGAAGAUACAAUGAAACUGUCCUACAGCUGUAAGCUAUUUGCCAAAGACAUCCUGUACAACCAGGCCUUUCAAGCCUCCAACAUCUCCAGCCUGGUUCACAUGAUCUCAGGGACCUACUGUGAAGUGUCCAGCAAAUAUCUGAUGGACAGAAUAAGUAGCCUGGGUAAACUCAUGGCCAUGGACAAGGAGAAACCAGAGUUCAUGCAAGAGCGGCUAAAACUGCAGCAGUCCUGCAAGGAAGCACAAGAGGGAAUCCUGCAUUUGGUCCUGAGGAACAAGGCUGAAUUUGAGAGGAAGAUCGAUGACAGGAUUGCUAAAAUUGAAACGGAGCUGAAGGCCGUUCUGCCCUCCGAUCCACCACAGGAAACUGAAAGGAUCAAAGAAAUUGUUCAGAGCAGUUUUGGGGAUGAGGACAAAUACUAUUAAAUAUAAGCUUUGGGCCAUUUCUCAUGUCAGAAAUGGAAAAACUGUAGUCAUUAUUGGAUGUUAAAGCAAAAAGAUUUAUAUGUAAUCAAGCAAGUCACUCAUUUCCAUACAUUCAAUAAAGUGUAACCUUUGAAUGAUG